UGUGUUUUUGACUCUAUGAAAAAAAUUGUUUUAGGCCGAUCGGGUGGCCGAUUCCACAUAAUAAAUCAUCACGGAAAUUCGUCAGAUAAAUUCAAAUCGUGCUUUAAUUAACCCGGAGUAAUUAUUGUAGACUUUUUAGUUUCAAUUUUGUAUUGUGCACAAUUGUGGUGACAAACUAGACUCGAUGUAUCAAACUAUUACAAACAUAACCUCUGAUUCAUUCCAAAAAUGAUUAAAAUUCCAUCGUUCUUGUCAGAAUUUUCGCGUUUUGAAGAAUUGUGAUAUACCCAUUUACUUUCUCACUCGUCUACGAAUAUCGUUGACAAUAUGAAAGUCACAGUCAAAAUCCUGCAAGGAAAACAAUGCGUCGUUGACAUUCUACCCUCGGAAACAGUUUUGGAAUUAAAGCACAAAGUCAGUGCUCUUCUAGGAAUUGAUGUACUACAGCAAAAGUUACUUCUUACUGGAAAAACGCUUGACGAUGAGAAUCCAGUGAGUUUCUAUCCAGGAAUCAAAGACGGCAGCAAGUUAAAUUUGAUAAUCAAGAAGAGUGCUCAGACGUCAAAUAAUGAGACACUGCCCGAGAAGGCUGGAAUGCAGUUAUUAAAGAAGGAGAUGAUCAGAGUUUUGCGACGCUACUACACAGAAUCCGAAUCGGAGUCGAUAGGAAAUGAAAUGAUAAAAGACCUCAAGUUCAAAGUAAAUAAUGUUAGUUUUGACGACUUGGAGAGACUCGCGACCGCACUGAUGCAAGAUCAAGUUAGCAGCAACGUGGCUUAGAGGAGGAAAAAGAAAACUUAGACGUGAGAUUUCUUAGUUUGCUACCAUUGUCACACAUUACGUACGAUUUCCUUUCAAUGAAUUCUUCGCUCUAGUUAAAUAAUAAUAAUAAUAAUUAAUAAUAAUAAUUAAUAAUAAUAAUAAUUAAUAAUUAUAUUAUACUACUAUUGAGCGCGCAAAAUAAGCUAGCCUAGACCUGAAUUGGAAUAAUCUCUUGAUUUGAGAUUUCCGAACGUGCGAUUCAAAAUAAUUAUGUAUUUACUAUUAUUUAUAACUUAAUAAUUGUACCUUGCGACGACAUUAUGUGUAGUAACGAAGGUCUCUUCAAUCGGAAAUAGAUUUAUAUUUUAUUGUACAAAGUAGAAAUUAUUACAGAAGCUUUUACACGACAAUAAAACAAUCACUGAUCUGCUAAA